AUGUCCAGCAGUGAGGAGCCGGUGAGCCACAUCACCAAGGACCAGAGCAGGCCUGAAGUGAGAGUGGCCACCUGGGGGUCUGGGGAACCGGGGCUGGUGAGUGUAACAAGACGGCCUCCAACCCCGAAGCAGGCCAGAGUAGACAGGCAGCUCAAAAUUUUCAACUGCAUAAUUGAGCAUGGUGCUUAUAUUAAACGUACUGGGCCUGCUGACCUGGAGCCCAAGGAGGCAGAGUCCAAAGGUUUGGAAGCCCAGGAGGCAGAGGCAGCUCCUCUUGUCACACCUGACGUCCAUCUAGAGGAGCAGAAUGCAGAGCUGGAGGCAUGUCCUCCUCCAGAUCUUCUGCCACCUCCAGCAGCCUCUCCAGCUGUGGCUGUGGAGCCAGGGCCGGCCCCAGACAAAACUGAGGCCCCACCACUGCUGGAUGAAGAACCAGGGGAGCAGGCCUAA